GUGAAACUGUAAUAUUUCUCAUUGGUUUAAAAUUGAACGGAAAGGAUUUGCAUUUUGUGAAAGUUUUAUGGUUCCCAUUUUCAGAUUAUGAAGCUGAUGACAAAAUCUUCGAGCACAAAAGACGCACUCAACAAUGCACGAAACUGCAUCGUGGAUGAAACGAAGUUGACAAGAAGUGAAGCUGAGAAGAUUCAGAACAAGUUCACAGACAUGCCUGAGGUGUGUAAGAUGUUGCGACAGUUGAUACUCCUGAUGAAAUACAUGGAGAAGGAUAGAACGGAUGACCCCAAACAGCCUAUCUGCGAGUUCCUCCGCAAAAUCAGCAUAGAAGCUAUGCCAGGAAUCAGUGGCAUCACACUUGAGUCCUGUGUGUUCCUCUGGCAAGCACUGGCACUUCAGAGAACCAGACUGAUGCUGGACCAUCAGGACGAAGAACCGUACGCUGGGAUCCAGAAACAGUUCAAAGAAACCCUCACUUCGGAGCAGAAAAAGGCGCUGGAUGAGCUGCCCGCGAAAAAGAAAUAUGUGCUGUUGACUUACUUGAAUGAGCUGAUUGUGCUGAAUUUGGACGAACCUGAUCUGAUGAAUCCAAAUUAUCACAUUGUGGAAGACGGUUUAGCGCCCGCGUAUUUCGACGAUGACCUCCACAAGUUGAAUCUACCACAAUGGUGUAAGCUCAAAUACGCAGAAGACAUAAUCAAACAUCUCAUCCAAACAGAAGGCUGAAAGUUUCUUAUUUCAAUUCAAUUUUUCUUAUUUCCUAACAACUUCCUAAUACCCUGCAAAACUUGAGAGAGAUUGAAAAAACUUUAAUUGAUAUCAUUCCCUAAUUGUUGAUCACUAGACAAAUUUUUAGUUAGAUGAAUUAUAUCACUAAUUGAUGAUGAAGUGUAUGCUGAAGUUAUAUGAUGCCCCAGCUGGAGUUUGGUUAUGCACAGAUAAAAAUUAAUACCCUGAAAAGAAUCAAGUUUUGAGUCAUA